CUCUCUUUCUCUCUGUCUCUCUCUCUCUCUGUCUCUCUCUCUCUCCUGUCUCUCUCUCUCUCUCUCCUGUCUCCUCAGUUCAUUGUCGUCUCCCGAUGAAGGUCGGUCAUUGUCGCGCUGCCUUCCCAAAGUUCUUCUAUGACUCGACCGUUCAGAGCUGUCGAGGCUUCAUCUUUGGCGGCUGUGACGCUAACGCCAACAACUUUGAUUCCAAGCAGGAGUGUGAGGACAGGUGCAGGGGAGUGACAGGUCCUGUACUUCCUGAUGAGUCGACUCCUGCUCCUCCACUUCCUGUUAAAGCUGCUCACCUGCUUCCUGCAAAAGGUGUGGUUGACCCUGCAGCUUCACAGUCUGGACCCUCUAAGAGGACAGAACAGUGUAUGGUGUCUCCUGAUCCUGGUUCCUGCCGCGCCGCCUUCCCCAAGUUCUACUACGACCCAGACACAUCCACAUGUCAGACGUUCAUCUAUGGUGGUUGUCGUGGAAACCAGAACCGCUAUGACAGUCUUGAGGAGUGUAUGAGCCAGUGCAGCGGGGACGGUGAGUUUGAAGGUCAUGAGAAACCUCGUAACCGCUGGACUGCAGGUGUUUUCCUCUUUGUCACUCUGGCGUCCAUCUCCGCUCUGCUGCUUGGGACGCUUAUCGUCCUCACGUUGAGACGCCACCGUCUGCCCCACCGACCUUCCUCCAUCAGGUAACAUUCACCUGCUGAUGUCACAUUC